GUAUCUGUUCUCAUCCCCUAUCAUUGAUUCUCCUUCUCUCCUAUUUUCGAUUUUUGUUACCUAAAGAAUAGUUAUUCAUCGAUACUUUGAUGUUAUUGCGAACUUGUAACAAAACGAUGUUUCUGAUAGGUGAUGUUGAAAUUUAUAGACUUGAACCUGGUGAGUAUCCCGGGAGUGUCUAGUCGAUAACAUAGAAUUCACCGACCACGGUUUUAAUCCCAGCUCGACGAUUAAACGACGUAGAGUCUUGACGUCGCUGCUGAAGGGAAAAUCGAUUUUCCUUCGACGAAGGAAGCUGCGCCUGCACCAGUCAGACUAUUAUCAGCUUCCAGUGAACUCCGCGUUGUUACGCCUCUAUCGCCUUGCUAUGACCAAUUCCGCUACGUGAAGUAAUCCUCUUGCGAAGGAAUCCUUGAAUCGCGAGGGAGCAAGUCGCAUCGAAAAAGGGAUCCAUCAAAGAAUAUUGAAGGAGCGAGAGGGAAGGGAAAUAUAAUGGGUAGAUAGAAGACGGGAGUGAGAUGACAUUACUAUCAUCGAACCGCUAUUCGGAGUUGGAUGGUGCUGCCCGCAGACGGCUAGGGAACCGGAAAGGGUAAACGGCACAGGGUGACCAAGCGAGAGGAAAAGAGAAAGAAAAGGAAGACCGCGAAGGAGGUGGAAAGGUUCAUCGAGAGGAAAGGGCAAACGAGGGAACGAAGGGUGGAGGGCGCAAAGGAGAGGGCGCCGCGCGCGCGAGAGAGGGACGGAUACAGAUCCAUCGUGCCAGUGGCCGCUGCGGCAAAUCUGCGGCUCUCCACGAUUGUUCGUCGAAAGACAGAGAGAAAAAGUGUUAUCAUAGCAUAGGGCACCCGGCCUGGAUUUGGGUGCCGUUGCGACGUUCGCGAUCGGUUGAUCGGGGUGGCCCGGAGUGUCCUCUGAAUAAUUCCGAGGCCGUUCCCUGCGGGGUCCGAGCGGGACCGAUGAGGUGCUCCGACAAUGGAACGAACUCCGCGCGAUCUUCGUGUCGCUCUCCGUCCAGUCCAGCAGCGGUCGAUCUCGACCAGAGCGAUUUGUGCGGAUGCCCAUCAUCCCCGAGGCUCCGCCGGUACGGGGAUUGAUUGAUCGGAGAAGAAAGCAUUCGAGGACGUCGAUGUCAGUUGACGGCCUCAUGGCUCAAGUAGAGGGUGUCCUCUCGUGAAAGCGAGCACGGACAAUAGGGAGUACGCCGAGAGAAGUGCGACAAGUGCAUGUGACAUCGUCGUUUAUUUUGGAAAAAAAAAUUCCUCGCGUUGCUUGCGAGAAAAUUGUUGACAUUUGCGUAUGUCAUUCAUUCCGAUCGAUCUCUUCGUACGCGAUCGUGAUCGGUAAAAUUUGCAAAGAUUCGCUGGACCGAGAAGGAGAAGGCUGCGCGAUACGGGGGUAGAUGGAAUUAUCGCGGGAGCAAAGCACAGUGUACGCUCAUCUUUAAAGUCGGAGGGUGGCUGUAAGCGGUCCUGUGAUUGGUUAAGCGUGUCCGCGGGAAUCUUUUUCGCUCUGUUACGUGCGUUAAUACGUGCGUAUUCGUGUUUAUCAGGCGACAUGAUGCGAGGUAAACUGAUGAGAAUCCACGGUUGAUGACCGUCAACCCAGUCGAUCACGCUCAGGUCAGAAUCGGUCAACGAGUAAGAAGGAGGAAGAGUUAGAGUGCCAAGGAGACCUCGAUUGAACUGAGCAAAGUUCUACAUCGUGAUCGACGCCACUAAUUCACGCGACAGGGUCGCAUUACGUCGACGACUGCGAACUACACAAACUGAAACUACCGCUAGUAUAUCAACCGCCAAUUCGACGGGAAACUUUCGCUCAACUCAAUUACGCCGCAGCCGUGUCGUGUUCGCACCUGCGAGAGCCAAACGAAAGACGACACCGACCUACUCUUGGCUGUAACUCGACGCUCGUACUCCAUGAGAGAGUUAAUCGCGGUCCCGCGAAUGCUUCCGGGUUCUUCGUCGGGCUCGCGAUUAAUUUAUAAUAAGUGUGAUAAGCCACCUCUGGUGUGGAUUACGCCGCGCGCCGACGACGGGGUGGGAGUUAGUAGGACGGUUCGCGGACUCAGCGAUUAUAAUAUGGCGAGACAGGCAUAUUCCGUCGUUGAUUAAUAUGCUGACCGCGAGGAGCAUCGAGGCGGAAUUUAAAAUUCAUAUCGGUCGCAUAAUCGAUAGUUUGUCACGCGUGCUUCCUUUCUGACUUCCGUUCCAUCGUCGUGACGCGAGCAAAGUUACUUAUGUGAACUGCAUAUCAAACGGCACCGCAUAAUCGAACGAAGGACUCAUCCUGGUAUUCAAAUUAAAUCGUCGCGGCAGUUAUAAGGGAGAAUAGCUGGCACUGGCUUAAACUGAUACGCGCGCGUUUAUGGCGCUCAUUUAAUCAGAAUGAGAUCUGGGGGUCCGCUGACAAUGCCGCUGCUACGACGGCAAGACGAGUCUGCGAAAUGAAAACUCCUGGCAGAGACAAUGGAAGCAUCCACGCGAGCAUGACAGCCUUAUUCAGUGUCGCGGACGGCACGUUUAAGCAACGACAAACGACUCGUCAGUGAAACUGAAAAGUGUCGUCUGUUGCGGUGGAGUCAACUUCCUGUUCCCAUCCCGAGAGGCGAGAGGACGAUCCGGACGGGAUCAGCGGACAUCGGAUAGACACCGAUAAAAGGACGGUGUUAUGUUAGUGACAAGGUGUCACCCUCUAGGAGGGCACAUUCUACUUGCCCUCUUCCUCUUGACGGGGUGUUUCGCCUUGCUGUCACGAGCGGUCGCCUUCCCGGAUUGGACCGACUGCCCCGCGGUAUGUCGAUGCAAGUGGUCCUCCGGCAAGAAGUCCGCUUUGUGUCCGGACGCCGGCCUAACGUCAUUGCCGGCGUCUCUCGAUCCGGACAUGCAAGUUCUCGAUUUGUCCGGCAACAUGAUACCUGCCUUACAAGCGGAGGUAUUCAAGCUGGCCGGUCUGGUGAAUCUACAGCGUGUCUAUCUGCGCAAGGCUGGCAUUCACAAGAUCCACGCGGACUCCUUCAAGGACAUGAGGAUACUCGUCGAGAUCGAUUUGUCGGACAAUCACGUGACGACCUUGGAGCCGGACACGUUCCUCGGGAACGAGCGCCUGCGUAUCUUGAUACUUAGCGGGAAUCCGCUCGGUACUCUGCGUAAUCUACAAUUUCCGGUGCUGCAGCAUCUGCGGAAUUUAGAAUUGGAGAAGUGCUCCUUGACCGAGAUACAUGGAAAGGCCUUUGCCCGUUUGAGCAACUUGGAAUUGCUGAAGUUAGACGGCAAUCAGCUGGAGUAUCUGGAAGCCUCGGUGAUAUCCAAUCUGUCACGAUUAAAAACUGUAUCGUUGGACGGCAAUCAGUGGAAAUGCGACUGCAGAUUGCGGGAUUUUCGCAACUGGCUCAUCCCCGACGCCCCCAGCAAGUUAUACGCCGUUACUCCGCAGAAAUGUACGGGUCCAUCGAGAUUGGCGGGUCGUAAAUGGGAAGACGUUAAACCCGUCGACUUUGCUUGCGAGCCGGAAGUAUAUGUCCUGGCGAGUAGCAUACAGGAGGAGACCAACGGUAAUCUCAGCUUGGCUUGUUUGGCGUCUGGCGAUCCCGAGCCGGAAGUCUGGUGGCAAUUGAACGGCGGACCGGUUAAUGCUACUAAAUCGACCGAUCAAUUAUACACCGGGCCUCUCAUCGUUCAUACGACAUCCGAGGUCGGUGCGUCUUCCAAGUCCAACAAGUCCGUGUCAUUCAAGACCCUCCCGGAUCGAUGGAGCAAUCUGACCGUUUACAACGCCAGCGACAGCGACGCCGGCGAGUACACCUGUCUCGCGAAGAACAUCGCCGGCAUCGCCCGGGAUACGGUCAGCGUGGCGAUACCUCGCGUCUACACGGCCCCGACUCUCUCUCAGAGCGACAACUGGCUCCUCUGGGUGAGCUUAGCGGGUGGCGGUGCGGCCGCCGCGUGCGCUUCCAUUUCGGCCGUUCUUCUGGCUCUCUGCUUAUGCGGCGGCAGCCGGCGACACAGGAAGCGCGAGAAGCUGAAGCUGCAGGGCAGCAGUAGCUUCGGCGAUCAGGAGAAGAAGCUGCUGGACCUGUCGGUGACCACGACCACGACUCCCGGCAACAGCAACGACCGCGGCAGCGGCCAUGGGAGCCUCGGCGAGGCGUGCAGCACCGGUGACCUCGAGCUGGCCGAGCGUGGCUCCAUUUGCGACCCCAUGGCCGCGGCUGCCGUCACCGUCGAACGGCUGCGACCCGCGGAGAGCUCGGUGAACGCCAUCCGCGCGGUUCCAUGCGCCGCUGCCGGGAAUGUAUUUCCACCCCCGCCGCCGGAAUUCACCACCGGCGUCCUGCCAGCCGGCAUCUUCGGCAACAUCUUCAUCUCCGUGUCGUUGCCGCAGGACGCGUCGUCGGAGCGCUGCUAUCCGGAUCUCCUCGACAUCCCCGUCCACGCGGUCAGCGGCGCCGCGACGGCCGUCACAGCCAGCGGAAAGAUUAUACCGUCAGCGGCCGUCAACGUCUCCAGCUUCGCCACGCUGCCGCGUCGGGCCUUGCGUUCCGCCGAAGUUGCCGGUACUGGCUCGCCUUACGACAACAUGGGACCGCGUAUCACGGCGAACGGCAGUUCGGCGUUCUCGUUGACGGACAUAGAUCUGCGACUGUCGCCGCCACCGCCGCCGCGGAUCAUUCAACCGCCGCACGAGUUUGUUUCCCUCUAAAGCAGCGGCCUCCUCCCCACAUAUUGUCGCGCAUACUAAUUUCGUAAUCAAUAAUAUUCCGCUAAUAACGUUUCCCCGAUAUACUGCGGAGUGUCCAUUAUCGGCCGGAUGUUAUUAGAUGUGAUAACAAUUAGCACGCGGUAAUAUUGACUGUGUCAUAGGAGUCGUUUAAAGACUAACUCCACCUGAGGACGCAUGCGCGAGCUUCGAACGAGUGAUCCGUAUACGGUCCUCGAUGGAGAACGAAUCAUUUUGACAAUGACACGCAUCACAUUAAUUAAAUAUAUCGAAUUUUCAUUCUAGCGUCAUGUGUGCGCUGAGUCAUCAUGGAUCGUCAAGGACUUGGUGUUGUAAGAAUAUUAAUACCAAUUCUAGACUGCCACUUAUCGAAUCAAAAUUUUCAAAUAGCGUUUGUUUAUGAAAAUAAGUUGUGCGAUUUUUCAAUUAAAAGAUUUAUCAACAACAGAAUCGAAUAUUGCGUAUUACUGUUUAAAAGGCAAUAUAAAAUUCAGCUGAUGAUUUGAGAAAUGACUAAUGAUUAAACUUUUUUUUCUUUUUUCACAGUCAACUCAAAU